AUGAAGACGUUGCUGGGUCUGAUAUGUACGACCAGUCUUGCGGUAUCAACGCACGCAGCAGCAAGUUGCUCGGAAUGCAACGGUCAGACGUGUAUACUUGACGGCACGUCGACGAUUUUAACCGGUGGCGCGACUUCGCUCGUCGUACAAUUUUGCAAUUACGAUCGUACAACCGAACAAGGUUCUUCGUACGCACUGCGUCUGGGGGCGUCCUCGCUUCCUGGCUGUGAUACCAGCAACGCGACACUUCCUACAGUCGCGUCGCUCGUUGCAGCCGACGGAUGUACGCUGGACAAUUGUGCCGUCACGAUUCACUUUGCAUCGGCUUUGGAUUGGGCAAUUGUACGACCACAAGUGGACGGCCAACGGAACACAUUAACAGCUCAGUUACUCACUGGAGGCAAUACGAACGUCGUGACAAUCGCGACGCUCGACUCACUGGCGCCUGCUGUCGUCAAUGGCGGCGCCACGGGUGUUUCUGUGUGUGCACGAGCGCUGGCAGUCAGUGGCUCGAGGUUCUCGAGUGUCGAGCAUUGUAACGUCGUACAGAUUUGCAGGGGGCCGAGCGGUAGUGCAAUUUGUACGACCGGUUGGAGACAUACGGAUGCGCGGGUCCAAGACGUUCAGUGCAGUGGUGAAGCUUGUACAGGCAAAGUCAAGUGGACUCAGCCCUUGCCCUGUGACGGCAGUGUCGGAGACGCUACGUCGCUGAUUCUCAGUGUGACUGUCGCCAGUACGAGCAUUGAGGCCUCGCCCCUUGCUAAUGUUGGCUACAUGGUUGCUCCGACGUUCAACAUCUCGGCAGUCAGUGGCUUGGACGUGGGGAGCGCUGACGUGGUGUUGAAGACCGACACGUUUUGUGAUGACGCGAGUCUCUCGCUCAAUGUGUCAAUGGAAAAUGCUAGUGAUGACGUCGUUUCGAGUGACGCGGUGAUUGAUGUACGCAGCGUGAACACAACGACGAAUGGAACAGUGAUUGUCCAACUAGCGUCGCCAUUGAGCAGCGACUUGGUGAGCGACAACGUGCAGCUGUCGCUGUCGCAAUGUGGCGUAUCAUCUUUGGGGUUGUUUCCGGUGGGAGAAAACUUGGGCGACUUUACUGCCGUGUCGACAGGCUCGACGGCCGAUGCAAACGAAGGUGGAACAGGAACAGGUCCCGUUGGAUCUGUUUCGACGCAGGAGAUGAAUGUCUCGGCUGGGCUUUCCAAUAGCAUUAUUGUCGGUGCUGUGAUCGGUGCCGUGGCUCUCGCAGGCUUCAUGUUUGAAUAUAUCUAUCACAAGAGACGGCAACCGCCGGCGUUGGCGCAAGAGUCAUCGAUCCCAACGCCUGUGUGA